GUAGUCCUGCGUUGCACGUGAACAUUGCCCCCAAUCAGAACCCAACUUUCGUAAUUUCAUACAUCACCCCAACACCAACUCCAAUGCCUCUCUCUCACUCUCUCUCUCUCUCUCAUGAAUAAAACCUCAGCAACCCUUCAAAGGCCAAAACCUCUCUCUCUGUCUUCUCUCUCCGAACCUCAUCGUUAUCAACUGUAAGUCUUUGAUUCACUAAUAGGCAACAACCAUGAAGAAGCUCUACCGGAAGGGGACGGUUCAUCCUUCACCGCCAAUCAUAUCAGACCACCUGGCCUUCCUUCCCGCCACCAUCCUCACCCUCGCGGCGGCUCUGUCGCCCGAGGACAGAGAGGUCUUGGCUUACCUCAUCUCCUGCUCCAACAGCUCCGUCAACUUAUCAUCAUCAUCGUACGGUUCACGUAAGUCCACCGCAGCCUCUGCCGCCAAAAAGGCCGCCGCAAAAGGCAGUGGGAGCGGCGGUGACCACCCGGCGCGGUUUAACUGCGACUGCUUCAGGUGCUACACGAGUUACUGGGUCAGAUGGGACGAGUCGCCGAAUCGGCAACUGAUCCACGAGAUCAUCGAUGCUUUUGAAGAUGGGGUGUUGGCUGAGAGUAAAGGGCAGUCAAACUCAAAUUAUAAUAAUAAUAACAGUAGGAAGGAGAGGAGGAACAAGAGGGGUCAUAAUGGUGGGUCAUCGGGUGAGUUGAAGCGGUCCGAGUUGAGUUUGAAGAAGAAGGAAGUGGCUCAGGCUCACACGGCGGAUCAAGAGACAGGUUGUGGUGGAGGUGGUGGUGGAGCGGUUGAUGAAGAAGACUCAGAGAAGGGUUCAGUGAGAAGGUUUGUGAGCUUUGUUGGAGAGAGGAUAUGGGGUGCGUGGAGCCAAUAAGUUUUCCCAAAUCUCAAAGACUACAUCAAGCAAUAAUUAAGUGAAAAUAUGACUUAAUUAUGAGGUGGGUUUAGUUAAUUCCGUCUUCUUCUUAAUCUUCAUCUUCAUAUCUUCAUGAUGUUCAAAGCUAAAACUCUACUUUUGCUUUUCUUUUCUUUUGUUUUUU